GAACCGCCAAAAUAGACGUCAGUUUGUCACUUUUUUACGGACACCAACCGUAAUUUUCUGCUGUGCAAUCGCAAAUUUGUUUUCUUUUUCGUGCCAAACGUAUAAAAUACAAAUAAAUAAACUCUAUUCUAGUGUACUAACAGUGUUGUAAGACCAAAGACGCGUGUAAAUCUCAAAAACAAUGGCAAAGGUGCACAUAACCAAUGUGGUUGUGCUCGACAACCCCAGUCCGUUUCUCAACCCUUUCCAAUUCGAAUUAACAUUCGAAUGCAUAGAAGAACUUAAAGAGGACCUCGAAUGGAAGAUGAUCUACGUCGGAUCGGCGGAAACAGAAGAGCACGAUCAGGUUUUGGACACGAUAUACGUAGGUCCAAUACCAGAGGGUCGGCAUAUGUUUGUCUUCCAGGCGCCUCCGCCUGACGUCAACCGCAUACCUGAAAACGACGCUUUAGGAGUCACAGUCGUCUUACUAACAUGUUCAUACAGAAAACAGGAGUUCGUCAGAGUUGGUUACUUCAUAAACAACGAGUACAGUGAAAACGAGCCGGAAUUACGGGAAAAUCCGCCGGCGAAGCCCCAGUUUGACAAAGUAGUGAGAAAUAUUCUAGCAUCAGAGCCUAGAGUGACCAGAUUUAAGAUAAACUGGGCCGAGCCUGAUGCAGCAACUGGCACGGACUCCGGUGAUGGUAAUUUGGAAACGUCACAUGCUCCGAGCAAUGAUUCUUACGGUGCAUCGUUCAAUGCGGACAGUCAAAUCAGUGGUAUAGAGUUCCAGGGUAGUCUAAGUGGUUACGGUGACAAUUCAAAUUCGAUCGCUCCUAUGGAAUGCUGAGAUUACCGAAACUUAGUGAAAUGACGCGGAUGGUGUUAACAAGUUGUUUGUACGGACAACAGCAAAAUUAGUGAUAGAAUAAUAACGACUGAUGAAUGGUUUUGUUAAUAUAGUGUAAUAUAGGUUAGUUUGUAAAACUGAUAAGCCAUGGACGAUGCAUUAUAUUGGAUUGGUAUUCCUAUUUAUUCUUUGUUCUGCUCUUACACUCAUGGGUGCUGAAAACUGAAUCACAGGAAAAGGCACUGACUAUUGGUGAUAUGCUAGUGGACAUUUCAAUUAUUUGUCAUAAUUAAAU